AUGAUUUACUCCUCUAAGUUCGGGCCUGGCACAACUAGUUCAUUCCAAUAUCUGUGUCAUUUCGAGACAAACGACGGCUCGAGGCUGUUUACGAAUUGCUCUUCUACCAAGCCCUCGAUUGGAACGCUGGUUGACGCAUACCCGACGUACAAGGACAUAGUGCAGGGUCAAAAUGCGACAACCUCCACGGUAGCCAAGGUCGGUGUCACUUCAUGCCUGCCAACAAAGAGUGAACUGCGCGGCUUACCGGACAGUCUCAAAGUCCCCGCUAAUCCGCCUGGCGAGCUCGUCUUCGUGACGUCGCGCGAGUGCUGCGACAUCAACCCCGAGAAGGCCCUCGGGUACAUCCUCGGCUACACAAUCAGCAACGACCUCACGUGCCGCUUCUUCCAGCUCCCCGAGCGGUCCGGCGGCGUCUUUGCCAAGCAGAGAGCGUCGGCCACGCUCGUUACCCGGAUUAAUGGGAAUGUGAAGCAGAAUACCGUGAUUGACAAGGACAUGAUUUACCCUCCGGAGAGGGUUCUUAGCUGGAUGAGUCAGAGCAUAACUAUCCCAGCCUACAAUGUUAUUAUGACCGGUAACCCCGCGGGGUCGGUCGAGAUUGAGAUUUCGGGGCUGGGGACGUUGAAGAACGUGAUUAGGUUCGAGGAGGGCCAGGAUUCUAUUAUGUGA